AUGGUGGAAUGCCUUAAUAUCUAUUUGUCAUCUUUUGAUGCUGAUGGUGUUUUGGCAGAAGGAAUGAGUACCAGUGAUGUUCCCUCUUUCAGUAACACUGACGAUAAAGCUAAUCCAGAUUCUGGAAACGGACAUGAGCUGUCCGGGUUUGCAUAUCUGAUUAUGGGUAUCUCAGACACAAGGAUGCCUAUGGUGGAAUAUGAACAUGAUAAAUCUUUUGAAAUUGCUGCUCUUUGGGCUGGUAACCCCGAUUCACAGUCUGUUUCACAUUCGGAUGCCAAAUACUGCCUUAAGGAAUCCAGUCACUUAAAUCCACCCUUAGGGACAUUCAACAGUUUAAUUGAUGAGAUGGGCUGUUCAAAGAAGGCUAAGUUUUGCAAUGUUCGGUCAGUUGAGGUUUUGAGUGAAUACCUGUUAAUCAGAACAUGUGAUGAGGUUUUGUUGGGGGUCGUGCUGUUUUGUCCCAGAUACUAUCAGCUUCUACAAGUAAUGAGGAAGAGGAAGAUUUGGUUUCCUCCUAAGCCUCAACCAUCUACUAAUGGAUGUAAAUAUCAUGUUGAAAAGAUUGAAUCAGAAGCUUUGGUUCUCAAGCAAGAUUCCCCUGAAAGCAAUGCUAAUGGCUAUAAUCAGUUUCGAGUUAAUGCCAAAGGAAUAUACAGGGGACAUGAAGAAGUUGACAAGGGAAGACAACGUAUUGAAGAGGACAUCAGAUCUAGAGGUAGUGUUCUGAUGUUUGAGACUAGUGAGGUGAGGUGCACACCAAAGGGGGUGUUGCGAUCACGUCACGGGAAGAUGGAAUGGAGCACAUUCUCCAUAACCUGCUCUAGGAAUGAUGCAUGUGACUCUGAGGGACCCAACUUGGAACCCAGAUGCAGAAAGUUCGAGUCUUGGAGUUAG